AUGGCUGACAAAUGUUGGGAAAAAUGGCUGAGGAUAUCCCUUAUAUCGCUCACCAUCUCCAUGACUGUUACUGACUUUACGACAGAAUGCCAGCGCCCUUGUGACUGUCGGUGGCAGUCCGGCAAUAAGGCUGCAAUCUGCUCAAACUCAAGCCUUAAAGUCGUACCCGCCAACCUAAGUAGCGAUAUCCAAAUAUUAGAUCUCUCCAAUAAUAAUCUUCUCCAGUUACACCAAGAAGCCUUCAAACGAGUAGGCCUAAGCAAUCUCAAGAAACUCUUCUUAAGGGACUGUAGCUUAGAAUCUAUACAUAAAUCAGCAUUCGCUACAUUAGCCAUAAUGAUAGAGUUAGAUAUAUCUAAAAAUAAAAUACGAUUCCUUCACCCCGACACGUUCCGGAGCACCGAGAAACUAAGAUUGAUAAACUUAAACAAUAAUUUAAUCGACAAAUUGGAGGACGGACUGUUUCGAAACUUAAAAUACUUACAGAAAGUCGAAGUGAGCAAUAAUAGAAUCGUCCGAAUCGGUACAAAGGCCUUCGUAAACUUACCGCAGUUAAAGAUUCUUAGAAUCGACGGUAACAAUCUGAGGCACAUGAAACCCGAAACUUUAAUGGCAUUAAGAAACUUGUCCGGCCUAGACUUACAUAAUAAUCCCUGGCGAUGUGAUUGCAAUUUACAAACGUUUCGGGAUUGGGUGAUAAGUCACAAUUUAUAUACUCCCCCAACUUCAUGUGCGGAGCCUGCUGCAACCCGCUCCAAACUUUGGAACGAAUUAGAUUCGUCAAACUUCGCCUGUCGGCCUACCAUAUUAGAGCCCUUGCCAGAUUCCACGUUCAAAAGUUAUGACGAAAACGUGACUCUGAUUUGUAAAGUUGUCGGUAACCCUACUCCAGAAGUCAUAUGGAAAUUUAACGGGAGAACUAUUGAGCUGAGGUCGUUUGGAGAAAUCCGGUAUGUUGUUACUGACAACUCACUAGACCUAAUAAGAUGGGUGAAUCUAACGAUACUGCACGCUAGAUAUACAGACAGAGGAAAUUACACGUGUGUAGCAGAAAACCCAGGUGGUGUAGAUGAAAAGACAUUGACUUUAGUGUUAUCUAAGUAUAGUGGAGCAGGAACCAUAGCUGGUAUGGAAGCGGACUCUUUUGCAAUAAUGGUUGGGAGUCUCACUGCGAUAGUAAUAAUUUUUGGGGCAGUUAUAACUCUUUGCCACUGUACAACAAAUAGCAGUGAAAUGAAAAGACUGAUUAAAACAGAUACACGUUCAUCGAAUGGUGAUGCACUUAUAGAAGGCUCUGUUGCGUCUGAGCCUGAGAAACUAGUUAAAAGUGAAAUAGUUUGUAAAGCUAAUAAGAAAUACGACGCGACGCUGACCUGCCAAGCAACAGAAAUGUCGGAAUUGAACAAGACACUACUGGAUAGCGAUACUGUUUUAGCUGUAGAAGAAAAUCACCGACAGGAGGAACUAUCAAUACAUAAGGAGCUGCUAAUAGAUCGAAUAGCGAAGGACCCACAGACAUAUCCACCCGAUCUACUCUCAAUACCUCUUAGAUCAACCGCUCAGAGCUCUUCAGCUGCACAUGACAGACAGAGUCCAAAAUCACCCAACUACGACGUCAUAAGCAUCAGCCCGGCAUUGUACAGCCGCUUACAAGCUGCCAACAUCUUCAUGAGUCCAAAAGGAUACGUUACAUUACCAAGAAGAUUACCAUAUGAUAGUGAUUUACGACCGUUCUCCACCCUCAAUGGCGUCAUACCAUAUUACGAAAACUUUAAUACAAAGAUGUUUGGAGGAACAUAUUACAGUUUAAACAAGAGUGAUAUGGAUAUCGGUCCUGUGAAGAUGAGGUUUGAGGAAGAACCAGCGCCAUCGCCAGCACCUGGAACACCUCAUGCCACGAUACCCAGAAACAGUGUAAGUUCCCCCAACAUCCACAAUCAGUUACUGGUGUCCCAAAGAGCAGAGAAGACUCUUAAAAUUAAUCUUGAAAAUGAAGUCCUUAAGGAUAGAGUGCGAGCGAACAUAGUUGGUGCUAGUUUAAGAACAAGUGGGCAUAGGAAAAGAAAUUCGUGUGACUUAAAUAAUUACUUGGCUGUUGACAAUGCUACACAAGUAUGA